AGGGUGCCUCGGGACUGUCCAUCAUUUUUAAAGGGUGCCUCGGGACUGUCCAUCAUUUUAAAGGGUGCCUUGGGACUGUCCAUCGUUUUAAAGGGUGCCUCGGGACUGUCCAUCAUUUUAAAGGGUGCCUUGGGACUGUCCAUCGUUUUAAAGGGUGCCUCGGGACUCUCCAUAAUUUUAAAGGGUGCCUUGGGACUGUCCAUCAUUUUAAAGGGUGCCUCGGGACUGUCCAUCAUUUUAAAGGGUGCCUUGGGACUGUCCAUCAUUUUAAAGGGUGCCUUGGGACUGUCCAUCAUUUUUAAGGGUGCCUUGGGACUGUCCAUCAUUUUAAAGGGUGCCUCGGGACUGUCCAUCAUUUUAAAGGGUGCCUUGGGACUGUCCAUCAUUUUAAAGGGUGCCUCAGGACUGUCCAUCAUUUUAAAGGGUGCCUUG